GUCAACACGCAUGGAGUAGAACGACCUUUCUUGUGCUGUCCUCUCCAAUUCCUAGACAUCUUCAAGCCACGAGAAGUUGUUCCACUUCAAGAAGAAAAAAAGAUGAUAAAACCUACCUCGACAACGACGGCUGCUCUGUUGCUCGCCAGUACCAACGUAGUAAAUGCUGACUUGCCUGUCCAUUGCAUCCGACCGCAGGUCUUAGGCCAUUGGAAAUUCCAUUUGGGGAAGCGCUCUCCGCACCGAACCACCUGUGGUCACGCCACCCCAGAUAUCGACAGCCGUCAGCCAGAUGUGCACAACUUUCUCAAAGACAGCGAUGUUCAGGAGACUGUGGUUAUGGCUUAUACUCUGAAGUAGACUUAGACAACAUUAUCUAAUAUUAUAUAAUUGCAAUGGCGUCUCUAAGCUCCCCGUCGAGUUGCAGGAUCCGAACUCUGCUAUCGUCAACGGCAAGGACGGCUCAAAAUGGAGCAUGAUCUACGAUGAGGGCAUCACAGUCUCCAGUGACGAACUGGAGUUUUUCUCCUUUUCGCAUUUUCAGAAGCCUGGAAAGCCGCAAGUGCAUGGCAAAAAGAUGUUCCGCUCGUUCUGCGGUCAGAGUGAAAUCGGCUGGUUUCGCGACGUAAAAACAAAUGAAUUCGGCUGUUAUCGUGCGGAAAAAGCGGAUCAGAAUGAGAAUUAUGGCAACCAGGUUGUCGUAGUCGUAGUAGUGCAUCUGAUAGAUUGUGUUUGUGAUUGGCAUUGUUCAGCGGUUUUAAAGCAGGGAAAAAAACCUAAACGCGAACAUGCAUUGAUGAAACUUCUAGUGAACUGAUGGGCAAAAUGCUUGUACUUGUACUUGUACUUGUAGGAUCUUCUAAAAUACGGGCGUCGCUUUUUACCAUCUGAGCCUAUUGGAAGAGGAAAACAAGACGACUGGUGCUGUGUCGCUGGCGGCGAAGCAAAAGCGAUCCUUCUUGGCAACAGGAAGUAGCGAGAGUUACGACGAGUAGAUCUUGAUGAUCAGUAUCAUCUUCAUUCUAAUUGUAAAUUUCAAACUGGAAUUGGGAAAGAUUCCGAUACUAGUAAGAAGACGGCUUCAGAUUCAGGAGUCUAUUUGAGUUCUAAAGAAUGGAAGCUUCUAGUAGUUCUGGUACUAGUACUUCUAAUACAAGACCCAUCCACCACUCUAAUACAAGGUUAAAUCAGCAGAAGUGGCCUCGACAGCGCUCGUUUCUUCUACCUCUCUUCAGUUUUUGGAGAAGAUCGAUCAUGCGAAAGAGGUCUCCAACAUCAACAAGGCGCAGUCUGGUUGGACCGCAGCUGUCUAUUCCGAUGCCUUCAUGCAUGAGAAGAUGGGUCAGCUCCAGAAGCGUGCCAGACGCAAGCCGAUCUCCGCCAUGUCCAUGGGCAACAGUGCACAAGGAUCCGCAGCAAGGGAGCGAUUGCCUCCGUCCUUCAAGAAAUCGAAGCACAAGGCUACUAAAGCCGUGUCCGUUGCAGUGGCGAAAGACAUUACGGAUGAAACAGUUUCGAUAGAAGUUCCACCAGCACCACCACCACCUACUAUUUAGCACAUAAUUUUUAACGCAUCGUCUUCGUCUAUGAUCCCAUACUAAUCGAAUCUUCCUACGGAACAAGAGUACAUUAGUCAAGACACUCAUACUUCUAAUCCUCGCAAGAAUACCAAGACAGAAGAUGCCCACGACAACGCAGAUGACCUCCCAAAGAAGUUCGCCUGGGACGAUGUGGACGGCGAGAACUACUUAGAACCCAUCCUGGACCAAGCGGAUUGCGGGUCUUGCUACGCCGUCUCUUCGGUCCACAUGCUGUCUGCGCGAUACCGCGUCCACAAGAAGGAUCCAUCACUGGAAGGGUUUAGCAUUUAUGAAUCGAAUGCACAUCUGCAGAAGGAUACAUGCUCGUCGGCCUCUUUUUCUUAUAUGAUGCCAUCUUGAUUUCCGGUAUAGUUACCUCUUCCCGUUCUCCUUUCAUCUCCCAAACUUCCCGUUGUACUGCAGCGAUUUGAACCAGGGAUGCCAAGGUGGCUACCCGAGUUUGGUGAGCAUGUGGUCGUCUCACGUUGGUCUCAUUCCGAAGUCCUGCGCUGGUGAUUACUUCACAAGUGAUACUGCCACAUUUAAGAAGGGGUAGAGUGUAGUUUUCGUUUUUAUAUGUUUAAUGAUCAAGUGAUUUCAACUUCAAGAUCAAGAAGUGUAAGGGUGAGGUAUAUUAUCUGGUAUCGUGAGUGGCUUAUCCCUUGCGUCCAAGGUGUACCUGGUUAGGUAUCCUGCGAACGAUGCGAUGCCAAAACUUUCACACUCCCAUCUCUAAUACUGGCAAGCAGACGCUGACAGAGCAUGUGAGCAAAGCAGAAUUCAAGUCGUGCGUCGAACAAGCGGAGAAGGACAAGAAAGUAGCGCAGGUCGCAAAAUGGAGCUACAUCGGUGGAUAUUAUUUAUGGUUGAAAUACUUUUGAUCUUGUUUCAGGUGAUGACUUUCUUGAAAGAUGUAAGAGUAACACAAUCACAAUUAUCAGCUGCAAAUCAUAACUUCAAAAGACUCCCCCAUUGUUCUUUCUCUCUUUUCCCCCCCUCUCGCCCUCUUCUUCCCCAUCAUUCUCCCUCUAACCCCUGGCGCUUGUUCCGUCGGUAAAAUGAUGGCGGAUUUGUACAAGUACGGACCACUUGCAGUCGCUUUGGAGCCGGCCAUGGACUUUAUGUAUUACCGCAGCGGCGUCUACAAGAGCAGCCCAGUGAAGACCGCGCAACCCUGGGUGAAAGUUGAUCAUGCGGUCUUGCUGAUUGGGUGGGGUGAAGAUGGUAAAUUUCAAUAUUACGGCACACCACAUUAGUUAGGUCGGCUCCACCACAAAUAUUACGGCACUUGUUGUAUCACCAAAUAGUUGAGCGACGUAGUCAUCCGUUCACAGAUGAGAUCCGCCAAAGGAAACUUCAUUAUCAUUUGAACACUCACCCUCCUACACAUUAGACAUUAUACCACUCUCUAUUUCGAUUACAACACGUCAAUCUCCUACAAUCACAAUUUAGAUGCCACGAAGACUCCGUACUGGACGAUUCAGAACUCGUGGGGCACCUCAUGGGGCGAGAACGGCAAUAUCCGCAUUGUGCGUGGCGAGAACGAAUCGGGUGUGGAGUUCCAGGCCGUCGCAGCCUAUCUCCAAGACGGCAAGGCUGCACCGGUCCUGGACUACGCUAAGGGAGUGUUGAAGGAGGAACUGUAGCUUGUUACUAGGUGGUAAAGGUGUGGUCGUGGUGGAGUGGAGGUGAGUACAUGGGGUGCUCUCUUUGUAGAAGGCUCGACUACAGGUAGGGGUCGUAAUUUGAUUUUUUCCAUCAACAUACGAAAAUGAAUGCAUAGGGUCAUCACGAGACGAAUUUCUACUAUGGGACAAGGUAAAAAACAACAAAAAUACAACAUGCGGAAUUGCUAACGGCAAGCAUAAGAAUUUCUACUUGUUUUUUCCAAUCAGAGACUCAGGAACAACAGUGCAAUAGACAAUGCACAGAAGUGAAACACGAUUAAACAGAUGAUUAUGAUGUGCGUACAAAAUUAUAAAAGCCAACAAGGUCAAG